AUGGACGCCAUCUUCUUCAUCGUCAAAGAGGUGUGAAGAAGCUCCACUCAGAUCACGCAGUGCGUUCAUUAACGAUGCCUCUGUGGAUGCUGGGCUGAGGGACAUCUAUCUCAAAGACACCCAUUUCCCACAUCGGCUCAGUCAAGAACUGCUGAUAUUUGGCCCUUGGCAGCGUGGCAGCAGGCAGAGGCUUCGGUGGACCAGCUGCUGAGGCAAGCCACCCAUGUAAGUACUGUAUGCAUAGCCCAGCCGGGAGUGACUCUGGGCGACGGUCACUGAACGCAUGUGUCAAUGCGGUCCUAAGCAUACCUCUGGCCGGCUAGGCAGGGACGGACAGCGAGAGCGGAAGAAAAGAAGAUGUCAUGACUUGAAAGCCACUCUGGCCGUCUUGGGUGUUGACUGA